CGUAGGCGUGCCGGGCGGGCGGGGCUCCGGCCUCUCUCGGCUCGAUUCAGAUUUCAGUGUAUCCCUAACCACGGGUCUGUUGUGUCGGGGUAAGGAGUACAAUCGAUCGAAGCACACAGGCGAACCCAUACCUUCAUGUUUAAAAAUUCAUAACAAGAUACCUAGUGUGUAUUGGAAUUUGAGGUUAUGAGAAAUAGGAAGACCUGUUGUCAAGGCAUUGUGAAAAAUUAUUGUCACGUUGAUUUAUUAGCAAGUUCUUGCAUGAGGUCAUAAAGCACUUGCAUGCCGAUGAAUCAAUGGUGAAAUUGAUGUUGCAACUUAAUAAUCACAUGAACCACAUGAAAGUCAGUCUGUUUAUUGCGUAACAAGCAAUCAGGCAACAACUGAAGAAGAAAAUACAGAAAUAAAGUUUAUUUUGUCCUUCGUUUCAAGGGCGGAAAUGUCGCCUUGUUCGGCAGUAAGAAAAAACGAUCAGUCAAAAUAUGUCCAUUAAAAUGCCGAUGAGGUAAUCACACCUACCAUAAGUCGUGCAUUGGAAAUGUUUGAAGGUUAAAAGUUUAUUGAUCGUGUAGGAUGUUAAGAUUGUAAGCUCCAUAUCACCCAGAACAGUAGAUUCAUAACAGAUCAUUUCCCGCGGGAAGGCAGCUGCCUCAGAUAUUCGCGUCGUAGGUCUGCCAUCAUGUUUAUCUUUCUCUUGAUUAAUGUGGUGUUGGACUGCCAUUAGGAAAGAGCCACGAGGCAUGGCUGUAAAGGCGACCACACUCUGCCAAAUGCCAGUCCCAGCAGCAGCGCUAAAGUAGAGGUGUGUCUGCCUGUCUCAUGGGGUCUGAAGUCGCCGCCUGAAGAUGCUGUGGCAGAUGCACGUCAGUCCCUGUGGGGGUUGACUCGCCAUGGGUUUUGAAGUGACUGGCUAGAACUACCAUGGAUGUUAGUACACCGGACAGGGGGGUCCCGAGGCCCCCCGCGUCCCUGUUGCAACCCGCGCCGGCCCCAAGCCUGCCGGUGUUGUCGGUGUCGGGUGUUGGCGCGGCGCCCCCCGCCUCGGCCGCCGUCAAGGGCGCGCCCACUGGCAGGAUCGUCCUCACGCCAGGGGGGCGGAAGGUGACACAUCCCGUCAUAUCGCCCACCUGCAGGCACAACGCCAUCACGACCAGCUCGCCGUCGGCCUCGGCAGCAGUGCGAAGAAGCAGCGUCACGACCCCGAGUGCCACCUCCCCAAGGUCUCCCUCCAGUAGGACGAGCGCCGGCGUCAGCACGUCCUCCGCGAGCCCCGGCGGCGGCCCCCUGCUGACCACCUCGGCGUCUUCAACAGGUAAGAACGUGAAAACAGCUGAUUUGCCCUUCACGAGUUGACGCUGUUCCCUCUCCACCUCUUUCGUCUUUUCAAAAGGUGAGUGAGGAGAGGAACAAGGCAGGAAAAAACAACGGAAACUGAAGAUAAAAAAUAAAAAGAAAACAUUAUAUGACGAGACGAUUUAUUAUUAAAAUGAACAUUCAGAUAAACUUCAGAGGGUUGUUAUUAUACGAGAAAACGAGGAUAUGUGUAUUUAAAUGUUCUUUUUGAACGGGUACAAACAUGUGUUUUUAAUCUGGGGAUUCAGUUAAUGUUUAAAACAGUUAAUUGAGCUGUUUUAGAGAUAAGUCAUUCACACAGACACGCCACCAUUUGGAAAGAGAAAUGUGAAUAUCUGUAGCCGCAUCAACCGAAAAAUGGUCA